CAUAAGGAAAGACACACACACACACACUCUACCAGACAGUUGGUUGGUCCUCUUUCAUGUCAUCACUGCGUUCUCUACCAGACAGUUGGUUGGCCCUCUUGGAUGUCAUCACUGCGUUCUCUACCAGACAGUUGGUUGGCCCUCUUUGAUGUCAUCACUGCGUUCUCUACCAGACAGUUGGUUGGCCCUCUUGGAUGUCAUCACUGGGUUCUCUAUCAGACAGUUGGUUGGCCCUCUUGGAUGUCAUCACUGCGUUCUCUACCAGACAGUUGGUUGGCCCUCUUGGAUGUCAUCACUGGGUUCUCUAUCAGACAGUUGGUUGGCCCUCUUGGAUGUCAUCACUGCGUUCUCUAUCAGACAGUUGGUUGGCCCUCUUGGAUGUCACGAGGAUCAGAGAGUGACAGGGGUUUCAGCAGGAUCAGGCAGCCAGGGAAGACCAGUCUGUGACAGAGGUAGUGUCUGAGGGUGGAUGAGGUGGCAGCAGAACACAGGGUGAUGGUGUAGCACUGGGUGACGGGCUGCCAGGGUGAGGAGGACAGGUGCGGUGCUAGCUGAGUGGAGUGGAGGGGCGUGGUGUGGGAUGUGGCGCUGGACGACCCACCUGGACGGAGGGCCGCGGAGGGUGAACCAUGCUGCCGUCUCCAUGGGACACAAGGUGUACUCCUUCGGAGGGUACUGCUCUGGAGACGACUAUGAGACGCUGAGACAGAUAGAUGUACAUGUCUUCAACACAGUUUCUCUGCGGUGGAUGAAGUUGCCUCCAGUGAGAACAGGUGGUAGGGAACAUGCCAGGGAUGUCCCCUACAUGCGUUACGGUCACACAGCCGUGCUGCUGGACGAUACCAUCUACAUCUGGGGGGGUCGUAACGACACGGAGGGGGCCUGCAACGUCCUCUAUGCCUUCCACGUCAACAACCACCGGUGGUUCACCCCUAAGAUAUCUGGGACGGUUCCGGGAGCGAGAGACGGCCAUUCAGCCUGCAUCCUGGGGAAGGCCAUGUACAUCUUUGGAGGGUAUGAGCAGCUGGCUGACUGCUUCUCUAAUGACAUUCACAAGCUGGACACUACCACCAUGGCCUGGUCACUAGUCAACGCAAGGGGUACUCCAGCUCGUUGGAGGGACUUCCACUCUGCCACCAUAAUUGGCACUAAGAUGUUUGUGUUUGGAGGCAGAGCAGAUCGCUUCGGUCCGUUCCACUCUAGUAAUGAGAUCUACUGCAACAAGAUAAAGGUGUUUGAUACAGAGACCAACAGCUGGCUGAACACUGCUACUGCUCAGCUCCCACCAGAGGGACGACGUAGCCACUCAGCCUUUUCCUACAACGGGGAGCUGUAUAUAUUUGGGGGCUAUAACGCUCGCCUGGACCGACACUUCAAUGACCUCUGGAAGUUCAACCCAGAGGCGUUCUCAUGGAAGAAGGUGGAGCCUCAGGGUAAAGGUCCGUGUCCCAGGAGGAGACAGUGCUGCUGCUUGGUGGGAGAUCGUAUCAUCCUGUUUGGAGGAACCAGCCCAUGUCCAGAGCAGGGGAUGGGAGAUGAGUUUAACCUCAUGGAUCAUUCAGACAUCUACAUACUAGACUUCAGUCCUAAUCUGAAGACGUUAUGCAAGCUAGCUGUUAUUAACUACAGUCUGGACCAGCAGGGACUACCACACGACAUCAGGUGGGAGCUGAACGCCAUGACGACCAACAGUAACAUCAGUAGACCCAUCUUCUCCUCUCACGGCUAAUCUGGACUGGUACCCUCCCCAGUACCAGAACACCAGGGCUGAACUGACCCAGAGCUACCACAGUACCAGAACACCAGGGCUGAACUGACCCAGAGAUACCACAGUAUCUGAACACCAGGGCUGAACUGACCCAGAGAUACCACAGUACCAGAACACCAGGGCUGAACUGACCCAGAGAUACCACAGUAUCUGAACACCAGGGCUGAACUGACCCAGAGAUACCACAGUACCAGAACACCAGGGCUGAACUGACCCAGAGAUACCACCGUAUCUGAACUCUACUGUCUGGACUGACUCCACCAGAACUCUACUGUCUGGACUGAUUCCACCAGAACCCUACUGUCUGGACUGAUUCAACCAGAACCCUACUGUCUGGACUGAUUCCACCAGAACCCUACUGUCUUGGCUGAUUCCACCAGAACCCUACUGUCUGGACUGAUUCCACCAGAACCCUACUGUCUGGACUGACUCCACCAGAACCCUACUGUCUGGACUGAUUCCACCAGAACCCUACUGUCUGGACUGAUUCUACCAGAACCAUACUGUCUGGACUGAUUCCACCAGAACCAUACUGUCUGGACUGAUUCCACCAAAACCCUACUGUCUCUUGAUCUCCCAGUUCACCAGAUCUUCUCUAUUUUAGCCCCUGGACACUGACAGGAGGGGUUCUAUUGGUGCUGAAUGCUGUUUUAGUAUCUGGGUUUGUGUUGCUCUAAUACUCAAUGAGAAUCACUUUGAUUGUUAACUAGUGUUACAAUGAGUAGAACAUAUUCUCCCUGAUUGUUUUACCAGUAUUAUAAUGAGCAGAACAUAUUCUCCCUGAUUGUUUUACCAGUAUUAUAAUGAGCAGAACAUAUUCUCCCUGAUUGUUUUACCAGUAUUAUAAUGAGCAGAACAUAUUCUCCCUGAUUGUUUUACCAGUAUUAUAAUGAGCAGAACAUAUUCUCCCUGAUUGUUUUACCAGUAUUAUAAUGAGCAGAACAUAUUCUCCCUGAUUGUUUUACCAGUAUUAUAAUGAGCAGAGCAUAUUCUUCACUCAACACUGAUAUUUUUUUAAAUUGCAAUGAUAAUGCUGACAUGU